AUGAAACACUUCACCACCACCAUCCUCGGCGCCCUCCUCCUCGGCACCGCCUCCACCAACCCGGGCCGCGCCGCAGCCGGCCGCCAGAAGCAGCAUCACGGCGGCAACUGGACGUGCGCCGACCUGCACAUCAAAGACGACAAGCACACCCUCGCAUACAACUGCACGGGCGGCCGCGCGCACAUCGCAGGCCAGCUCGACCUGAACGCGUGUCUGGGCACGACGCCAGGCUACUUCGGCGGCGCGCAGCUGCGGGCUACCGCCAAGGACGGCAAAGUGGUCGGCGGCGCGUACGUCGACCACGGGCCGCACAGCAGCAGGAACGCGAUGCUGCACUGCAAUAAUUGCGACUCGGCUGAGGGCCUGCGGCAGAGCUCGACAGGCGGGUACCUGGAUGUCCAGAAGUUCCUGAACUUCACGAGGAAUGGUAUUAGGUGUCUGGGCGGGGCGAAGAAGGUUGCGAGAGAUGAGCUGGCGGAGCAGGAGGUCUUCCAUCUCGUGGGCGCGGGUAACGACUCCAGGGGCAUGCACGUGGAUACAGAAGCGCGGGACGAGGACGGGCUUUUCGUCACAAGCGACAACAUAGAAGACAAGAAAGAGGAGAAGCGCGCCGCCCAAGACACCAACGCUCUCUGCGCCGCCAUGAAAGCCAACCCGACGCAGCGGUACCAGAAGGCGCUCGGCGCGGCCAGUUGCUAUGACAUCCACCUCGAGUCGAUCAACCUGCGCAACCUGACGGCGGCCUGCCCGGCGGGCGUGCAGUCCGACGGCGUCACCAAGAUGCAGAUCGUGUCGACGCUGGACCUCAACCACUGCCUCAUGAACCAGAACCGGCAGAUGCGGCCCGAGGCCGACGGCAGCUUUGCGGGCAGCUGCAAUACGUGCCAGUUGCAAAAGAAGGACACGGAUGACAAGGGCGCGGUGACGAAGGAGUCUGUCUUGCUGAUGUGCAACUGCCAUGCUGAUAAUAUGAUGGGCGCGCCGUAUGUGGAGCUGUCGGAUGUUGGGGUCUUGCAGGUUGUGGGCGGGCAGUUGAUGUGUCAGGGGCAGCAGGGGUACAUCAAGAGCUAUAGCAAAGCUUGA